GCGGCGGGGCGAGGGGUGACGGUGACGGUGACGGCGCCGCUGCCGCUCCCCGAUCGGUGACACUCUACCCACGGGGAGCCGACGUGCGGCGAGGGCGCUCUCAGACUGUGGUACGAGGCGCGCGGUGACGACAGCCGGCCGGCGGCGGAGGACGGAGGGCGGAGGGCGGACGGCGGAGGGCGGACGGCGGAGGACGGACGGCGAAGGACGGAGGGCGGAGGGCAGAGGACGGAGGGCGGAGGUCGGAGGGCGGAGGGCCGGCUGCAGAUGAGCUCUCCGAGCUCGCCGGGCCGCGGGGGAUCCCCCAGUGACGAGCCGGCCGAGUCGGCCACCGAGCUGCACCACCUGUCGGCCGGCCAGCCGCCGAUCGCCGACCGCGUCCAGUUCGACAACGACAAAAGGGCCGUCUACGAGCACCCGCUGUUCCCGCUACUCGCGCUGCUCCUGGAGAAGUGUGAGGUGGCUAUGCGCUCGGCCGACGGCGGCGUCUCCGACUCCGUGGCCGCCGACGUCCGCGCCUUCGUGCGGCACCAGCACGGCGACCACAAGCUGCUGGCCGCCGCCCGACCCGAGGUCAACCAGCUGAUGGUGAAGGCCAUCCAGGUGCUGCGCGUCCACCUGCUCGAGCUGGAGAAGGUGCAGGACCUGUGCCGCGACUUCUGCAGCCGCUACAUCACCUGUCUGAAGGGCAAGCUGCACAGCGAGAAUCUGCUGCGGCCCGACUACGACGAGUCGCCGGCCAGCUCACCCGGCUCGGCCACGCACCACAGCAUCAGCGGCGCCGUCCAGCAGAUGGUGCACCAGCACCAGUGUGAGCUCGGAGAGAGGUUUUAGCGCCGCGCCUCGCUGGCGGUGGCCGCCGCUCUACUCGGGCGCCGCUCUACGCCGAUGUCCGUGCAGGGGCGCAGCGCCGGGCCGCCGCUCUACUCGGGCUCAGCGCAGGGCCGCCGCUCUA